GAUUCUGCCCUGGGAGGAACAGGAGGACUGAAGGUGGAGACAUUUCCCUUUCAGGUCCCAGCAGCUCUCUCUCAGCAAGCGGUGCUGCUUCCCUGGGGACUGACUGAUGCAAGGAGCUGAGCUGACCGUGGGGGACUGAGGGAGAUUCAAGGCUCAGAGAGGAGGUGUGAUUUGCCUAAGGUCACACAGAAAGCCAAGACCCAGUGCCACCAAUUAUUGUCUUGAACCUCGGAGGAACAUGGAGCACUUGGUAGACCUGGUCACUUGAUUUCCCCAACGCCCCUCAGAGGGUCUUCCAAUCCACUACAUGGCUAUGGAGAGCAAAGUAGCAGUCCACGAGGAUGGGCCUCCUGUGGUCUCCUGGGUCCCUGAAGAGGGAGAGACGUUGAACAAGGAAGACGACGACCAGGUGAAGGAUCGGGGCCAGUGGACCAACAAGAUGGAGUUUGUGCUGUCAGUGGCCGGGGAGAUCAUUGGGCUGGGCAAUGUCUGGAGGUUUCCCUAUCUCUGCUACAAAAAUGGAGGUGGAGCCUUCUUCGUCCCCUACUUCAUCUUCUUCUUCAGCUGUGGCAUCCCAGUGUUCUUCCUGGAGGUGGCGUUGGGCCAAUACACCAGCCAAGGCAGCGUCACAGCCUGGAGGAAGAUCUGUCCCCUCUUCCAGGGCAUUGGUCUGGCGUCUGUGGUCAUCGAGUCCUAUUUGAACAUCUACUAUAUCAUUGUCCUUGCCUGGGCCCUUUUCUACCUCUUCAGCUCCUUCACCUCUGAGCUGCCCUGGACAACCUGCACCAAUUCCUGGAACACAGAGCAUUGUGUGGACUUUCUGAACCACUCAGGAGCCAGUGCAGUGACCCACUCUGAGAACUUCACCUCACCUGUCAUGGAAUUCUGGGAGAGACGGGUUCUGGGCAUCACCUCGGGCAUCCACGAGCUGGGGGCCCUGCGCUGGGAGCUGGCCCUGUGUCUUCUAUUUGCCUGGGUCGCUUGCUACUUCUGCAUCUGGAAGGGGGUCAAGUCCACAGGCAAGGUUGUUUAUUUUACUGCCACAUUUCCCUACCUGAUGCUCGUCAUCCUGCUGAUCCGAGGCGUCACCCUUCCUGGAGCCUACCAGGGCAUAGUCUACUACCUCAAGCCAGAUUUGCUCCGUCUCAAGGACCCCCAGGUGUGGAUGGAUGCCGGCACCCAGAUCUUCUUCUCCUUUGCCAUCUGCCAGGGGUGCCUGACAGCCCUGGGCAGCUACAACAAAUAUCACAACAACUGCUACAGGGACUCCAUCGCCCUCUGCUUCCUGAACAGUGCCACCAGUUUUGUGGCCGGAUUUGUCGUCUUCUCCAUUCUGGGCUUCAUGUCCCAAGAGCAGGGGGUGCCCAUUUCUGAAGUGGCUGAAUCAGGUCCUGGGCUAGCCUUCAUCGCCUUCCCCAAGGCUGUGACGAUGAUGCCCUUGUCCCAGCUGUGGUCCUGCCUUUUUUUUGUCAUGCUCUUAUUCCUAGGACUGGACAGCCAGUUUGUUUGUAUGGAAUGCCUGGUGACAGCCUCCGUAGAUAUGUUCCCCAGACAACUGCGCAAGACAGGGCGGCGUGAGUUGCUGAUCCUCGCCAUUGCGGUCCUGUGCUACCUGAUGGGGCUUCUGCUGGUCACUCAGGGUGGGAUGUACGUCUUCCAGCUGUUUGACUACUAUGCCUGCAGUGGCAUCUGCCUGCUCUUCCUCUCUGUGUUUGAGGUGGUCUGCAUUGGCUGGGUAUACGGAGCAGACCGUUUCUACGACAACAUUGAGGACAUGAUUGGCUAUCGGCCAUGGCCCCUGGUGAAGAUGUCCUGGCUCUUCCUGACUCCUGGACUUUGCCUGGCCACUUUCCUCUUCUCCUUGAGCAAGUACACACCUCUCAAGUACAACAAUGUCUACGUGUACCCUCCCUGGGGGUACUCCAUUGGCUGGUUCUUGGCUUUCUCCUCCAUGGCCUGUGUCCCACUCUUCAUCGUCAUCACCCUCCUACAGACCCAGGGUUCCUUUAAGAAGGGAUGUGCUGCCAUAAAGGAGGACAAGACACAAGGACAUAGCGAAGCAUUCUGGAUCCUUGCAAGCUCCUCUCCUCCAGCUUUCUUAAAGAGGAAGCCCUGUCAUCAAGCCCCAGGAUACAGGGAACCCGUGAAGAGGCAUUCUGGACCUACUCUGUCUUCCCAGACUCCCAAGGCCAAUGCCCUGCAUUUGAAAGCAGGCCAAAUGGCUGAGGGCAGACUCAGGUGCCCCCACCUUCCUUUCUAGCCGCACUGGGCCCUGGUUAAACUUGCCCAGCAGGGUGGGCAGCAGGGUGGAGCUAGAGGGGCUCUAAUGUUUGUUCCUUGGGUGGGGCAGGAGGAGGUGGCCCGGAUGGCACUUGUGAGACCCCUCCUGCAGACUACAGAGAUGGUAACAAACUCACUCUCCCAGCCUUCUCUUGCUAGGAGGGGAGGUGGAGGAAAUGGCCACAAGGAUGGUUCAAAGAUUCUGGAAGCAGGAGCUUCCCAACUUGUAUAUACCACCCAACACCAUCCCUCCCCGCAACA